AUGGGUAACUGGUUUUCCAAUCCUAGGUCCAUCAUUCCUGGCAAAUGGGAGAUUUCAAGGCAGAGCAUAAAUAGCCCUCUGGAAGGUGAACGUCAUGGAUAUAGUGCUUUCUCUGGACGGUUGAACACUCCGGAACGAUCAGAUUCAAAAGAAAUAUUCGGAACUUUUAGGAGAUUGUUGCAUUAUCUGAGGGCAACUCGUCGCCAUGAAUACGGCCGAAUUUGUGAGGAGUAUAGCGACGGUCCUAUGCACACUGUGGUUAAUGGAACAGGUCGCUCUUUCUACGGCUCGACGGCAUCAUCAACGAAGCACAACGAGUGUAAAGGACACGAAAAAAGACGCGCCUCCGCCAGAAGACAAAUACUACAAUGACAGUGUCGCCUUCACUCUGGUCGACUUUCUGAGGAUCAAAGAUGAAAGGAAGUACGAUAUGAGGAUACGACCUGGA